CGCUACAAAGCAAUGUCCGGGGGCGAGAACAACCAAGACUCGCAUUCGCCCGAUCCCAGCGCGCCUAUAGCGAUUAAAGCAGGCAAAGAUGAGCCAGCAGCUGAUGAUCAGUUCAUAGAAGAUGAAAUCAUUAUAGGAUGUAAGGUGUAUGUUUCCAAGGAUGGAGAGCACAGACUAGCAGAGAUUCUUCAGCAACAUUUGAAGAAGGGCAAGAAGGUAUUCUAUGUACACUAUCAAGAGUUCAACAAGCGUUUAGAUGAAUGGAUUCUGAGCGACCGAAUCGACUACCGUAGGCCGAUGAUCCUCCCAGAGGUUAAGGCUGAUAAGAAAGAAGAGAAAAAAGAUCUGAAACUGAAGAAAAAGACGUCUAAGCCCAAGAGCUCGAAGGCGGCUUCAAAGCUUGCUCAGCUGUCUUCGGGAGCUGGUACUCCCCAGGCUGAAGAUAGCGAAAAUAUGGAAACCCCGGGCCAGGAAGAUGAAAUGGAUCUUGAUGACUUGAACGUUCAAGGAUUAAAAAGACCAGGAGAAGAAGUUAACCGCGAAGACGAGAUCAAAAAAUUAAGAACAAGUGGGUCCAUGACCCAGAACCAUCUGGAGGUGGCCCGAGUUAGAAAUUUAUCCAGGGUCAUCUUGGGAGAACAUAUCAUAGAGCCGUGGUACUUUUCGCCAUACCCCAUAGAAUUGACCGAGGAGGACGAAAUAUACAUCUGUGACUUCACAUUGUCGUAUUUCGGGUCUAGAAAACAGUUUGAACGGUUCAGAUCCAAAUGCUGCUUGAAACACCCGCCCGGAAAUGAGAUCUACAGGGACUCUAAGGUUUCUUUCUGGGAGAUAGACGGUAGAAGACAGCGUACUUGGUGUCGUAAUCUUUGUUUGCUUUGCAAACUCUUCUUAGACCACAAGACGUUGUACUAUGAUGUAGAUCCGUUCUUAUUCUACGUUAUGACCAUCAAGUCAGAACAAGGACAUCAUGUUGUUGGCUUCUUUUCCAAGGAAAAAGAAAGUGGCGAUGGAUAUAACGUAGCGUGCAUUCUCACCUUGCCUUGUUACCAGAAACGGGGCUACGGGAAGUUGCUUAUCCAGUUCUCGUAUAUGUUGUCGAAUGUGGAACACAAAGUAGGAUCUCCCGAAAAGCCUCUAUCCGACUUGGGCUUGUUGUCGUACAGGGCCUAUUGGACAGAUACAUUGGUCAAAUUGCUUGUAGAGAGAAGUAAUCCGAUGUUGUACAAAAAGAACAACCCUGCCAUUGAUGAAGACGAAGACGGUGGAUCUACUCCUCCUGCCAAUACCAACAAACCAGGCAGCGUAAACGAGAUUACAAUCGAAGAAAUCUCGGCUCUUACUUGUAUGACUACGACAGACAUUCUUCAUACCUUGACGACGUUGCAGAUCUUACGCUACUAUAAAGGUCAACAUAUCAUCGUGAUCACUGACCAGAUCAUGACGUUGUACGAGAAGCUCGUCAAGAAGGUCAAGGACAAGAAGAAACACGAGUUGGAGCCUCGCAGACUCAAAUGGACCCCACCACUUUUCACAGCUAACCAAUUAAGGUUCGGAUGGUAGAUACAUGAUUAACGCCCUGUAUUUUAAUUGUACCAUAGAUAUAUAAUGUUGAUAUACCAUGAAAUAUGUAUUGAAACGUCUGAAAUG